AUGAAGCCCAACCUCAAAGAUGUACCAGUUUGGGGCUGCUGUGUCAAGGUACACUCGACUAAUGGCUCAAAGCUCAAUAUGCGAGUGAUUGAUGGAAGAUGGGUGGGGUUUGACCAUGACAGCAAUGGCCACCGAGUCUACCUCCCAGACACCUGGAGAAUAGCUGUAGAGAGGAGCAUCAGAUUCAAUGUGGCAGAGGUUAGCAUACCUGUGGACCUUGACAACUGCACGGUACAAGGCAAUGAUGUCGGUCCAGCAAUCAACCGCAUGCCUGUGGGGGAAUCCAUUAACCUGGCUGCUGAGCUAGGAAUGGUGGGGGAGUAUGGCGAGAUUGACGAAGACAACAAUGAAGUUUUUGCGAUGGUUGCUGGAGUAGCGGCAGUGGAGGGAGUGGAUCCCACCAUGGUCAAAGAAGCUAGCUGCACAGACUGA